GCUCUCGCGCCGCUCCCCUCCCGCCCGGGCAUUUGCAUGUCCCGCGAUUGUGGCCAAUCAGGGCUCGUCUCUCCCGAAGCGGAUGGCUUUUGCCUGAGAGGAAAGGGAGUGGCUGGCGGCGCAUGCGCCGGGUGGCCGACUCGAACCGAGGCUUUUAUUGCUGUAGUUUAUUUCCACCCCCUUCCCUCCUGUUCUCUCCCUCUCUUUCUUUUUUUUUCCGCCCUCGCUGGGGCUGUGUUGGAGGAGAGGAAGAAAGAGAGACAGAGGAUUGCGUUGAUCUCUUACGUUCCUGGAAUUUGUUAUCAGCAAGACUAGCUAAGCUGUUGCACCUUUUUCAAUCCUGAAAAAAAUAAAAUACCAACUCUCUUUUUUUGGCAUUUUUUUGCUUUAAAGCUGCCCUCUUGAAAUUAUUUUUUUCCCAGGAGAGAGAUGUCUUAUCAGGGGAAGAAAAAUAUUCCACGCAUCACGAGCGAUCGUCUUCUGAUCAAAGGAGGUAAAAUCGUUAAUGAUGACCAGUCAUUCUAUGCAGACAUAUACAUGGAAGAUGGGUUGAUCAAGCAAAUAGGAGAAAACCUGAUUGUGCCAGGAGGGGUCAAGACCAUCGAGGCCCAUUCCAGGAUGGUGAUUCCCGGAGGGAUCGACGUCCAUACCCGCUUCCAGAUGCCUGACCAGGGAAUGACUUCUGCUGAUGACUUCUUUCAAGGCACCAAGGCAGCUCUGGCUGGUGGGACCACCAUGAUCAUUGACCAUGUCGUGCCAGAGCCUGGGACAAGCCUGCUGGCUGCCUUCGACCAGUGGAGGGAAUGGGCCGACAGCAAGUCCUGCUGUGACUACUCUCUGCACGUGGACAUCACCGAGUGGCACAAGGGCAUCCAAGAGGAGAUGGAGGCCCUGGUGAAGGAUCAUGGGGUAAAUUCCUUCCUCGUGUACAUGGCUUUCAAAGAUCGCUUCCAGCUGACGGAUUCCCAGAUCUAUGAAGUCCUGAGCGUGAUCCGGGACAUUGGUGCCAUCGCCCAAGUCCACGCAGAGAACGGCGACAUCAUUGCGGAGGAGCAGCAGCGGAUCCUGGACCUGGGCAUCACGGGCCCUGAGGGACACGUGCUGAGCCGGCCUGAGGAGGUCGAGGCUGAAGCCGUGAAUCGUUCGAUUACCAUCGCCAACCAGACCAACUGCCCCCUGUACAUCACCAAAGUGAUGAGCAAGAGCGCGGCUGAAGUCAUCGCCCAGGCCCGGAAAAAGGGAACUGUGGUGUACGGCGAGCCCGUCACCGCCAGCCUGGGGACUGAUGGCUCCCACUACUGGAGCAAGAACUGGGCCAAGGCCGCUGCUUUUGUCACCUCCCCACCCCUGAGCCCUGACCCGACCACUCCGGACUUUCUGAACUCCUUGCUGUCCUGUGGAGAUCUCCAGGUCACUGGCAGUGCCCAUUGUACUUUCAACACUGCCCAGAAGGCGGUCGGAAAGGACAACUUCACCCUGAUCCCCGAAGGCACCAAUGGCACUGAGGAGCGGAUGUCCGUCGUCUGGGAUAAGGCUGUGGUCACUGGGAAGAUGGAUGAGAACCAGUUUGUGGCCGUGACCAGCACCAACGCAGCCAAAGUCUUCAACCUUUACCCCCGGAAAGGCCGCAUUGCUGUGGGAUCCGAUGCUGACCUGGUCAUCUGGGACCCCGACAGCGUUAAAACCAUCUCUGCCAAGACCCACAACAGUGCUCUCGAGUACAACAUCUUUGAAGGCAUGGAGUGCCGUGGCUCUCCGCUGGUGGUCAUCAGCCAGGGGAAGAUUGUCCUGGAAGAUGGCACCCUUCAUGUCACCGAAGGCUCUGGGCGCUACAUCCCCCGGAAGCCCUUCCCUGAUUUUGUUUACAAGCGUAUCAAGGCAAGGAGCAGGCUGGCGGAGCUGAGAGGGGUUCCCCGUGGCCUGUACGAUGGGCCUGUGUGCGAGGUGUCUGUGACACCCAAGACAGUCACUCCAGCCUCGUCGGCUAAGACGUCUCCGGCCAAGCAGCAGGCCCCACCUGUCCGGAACCUGCACCAGUCUGGAUUCAGCUUGUCUGGUGCUCAGAUUGACGACAACAUCCCCCGUCGCACCACCCAGCGCAUCGUGGCGCCCCCUGGGGGCCGUGCCAACAUCACCAGCCUGGGCUAGAGUUCCAGGGCCCAUUCCACUGGGGGGUAGGGGUUGGGGGAUGGGACACCUGAGGACAUUCUGAGACUUCCUUCCUUCCUUCCUUUUUUUUUUUUUUAAAGAGCCUGUGAUAGUUACUGUGGGGCAGCCAGUUCACGGGGCUCCCUCUUGGGCCUCACACUCCGUCCCUCACCCGGAGUCACUGACUUUGCUCACCCACUUCUCUACACAUCUACAAACAUCACACCACAUCUACCCACCAGCCCCGUACAGGGGACUGCAUCCAACACUCAGACAUGCGAAACAGAGCAAAUCACCAUGAGGGUGUUUCUCAUCUCCAACCUCUGUUGUAUUUAUCAUCUUCCUUUUCAUUGGGAGGGAAGAUAAAGUGAAUUGCCCAGA